AUGGUCUUCCCAAUCCGCUCAAAAGCUCGUCGGAUUCUUUCAACAAUGGCAGCUCUAAGACCUUCCUCAACCUGUAGCAAUUACAGAAGAAAAUCCUCUGCCUCAAACCUGACAAAUUCUGCAGAAGUUGAACAAGGAACCCAUGUAGAAUUACUGCCUUCAGUCAAAAGACACCCAGUUAGAAGGCUGGAGACUUCAAAUCAUUCCAUGGAACUUGCCCAUGAAUGUUCAAAUUGUGAAGGAGAAAAUGUGUCAAAAGCUAAUAAUGGGCCUGACUUGUUUGGUGAGAUGAAAGAGAGGUUUCUGAGUUUUAAGAAGCACAAAUUUUUGAAAGAGUCAGAGCAUUUCCAAACUCUAGCUCAAGCUCAAGCACCCAAGUUCAUGGUGAUUGCUUGUGCAGACUCUAGGGUAUGUCCCUCUAACAUCCUAGGCUUUCAACCUGGAGAAGCAUUCAUGAUUAGAAAUGUAGCAAACCUUGUUCCCCCAUUUGAGAAUGGAGCAUCAGAAACUAAUGCUGCCCUUGAGUUUGCAGUAAAUACUCUUGAAGUUAAGAAUAUAUUAGUCAUUGGCCACAGUAGCUGUGCAGGAAUUGAGACCCUCAUGAGAAUGCAAGAUGAUGGUGAUUCAAGUAGCUUAACUCAUAGUUGGGUUAUCAAUGCCAAAGUUGCGAAACUAAGAACAAAAGCUGUUGCAGCACACCUUAGCUUUGAUCAGCAAUGCAGACACUGUGAGAAGGAAUCAAUCAAUAGUUCAUUAUUGAAUUUACGGACAUACCCAUGGAUAGAAGACAGAGCAAAGAAAGAGAUGCUCUCUCUUCAUGGAGGAUAUUAUGAUUUCUUGAGGUGUACGUUUGAGAAAUGGACUCUUGAUAUGAAUGGUACCAGACCUGUAGGAGGAGGCAGAUACUUGGACAAAGAUCGAGAACUUUGGUGCUAA